AUGAGGAUUACUUUGCCACCAGAUGCUGUUGUUGACUGCUGGUGGAUAAAAGGCAAACUCGACUGCUAUUCACAACAUGGUGUGGAGUACAAUAAGGCUGUUGGCAAGAGCUUGACAAUAACAUUGAAACAAGUGACUUCAGCCCACACCGGCAAAUAUGCUUGUCAGGUGUCCGGCUACGAGUCCAGCUCUUUGGAAAUUUGCGAGUUGCAUUUAAAACUCGGAACCGAGAACACCUGCAGAAUUACCUAUGACAAGUCUGUAAGCCGGGCAAGGCUGGAUUGCUUUUUAAACAAAGACAUCGCAGAGGCAAGGAAAAGUUUCGCUGUAUAUAAAACCCACGGUCAGGACAAACAAGCAGUCCUGGCCGAGUGUUUGUGGGAGAACAACCAACCAAAAUGUCAGGUUGCCAGUGGUUACCAACUCCAAGAUGCAGUGUCUUCAUAUCUUACUCUGUGGAUACAGGAAGUGACGAAAGAGAAAGCAGGCAAUUACUCUUGUUUGCCUGCGGGCUCCUUAAUUACUCAACAGAACACUUGCGUCUUGUCUGUGUCUGAAGAAGAUGAAAAUAUCACAUGCUCUGUACCGAUCGUGAAACCACUACAGGAUACCGUUCUGACCUGCAAUUUUCCCGAGGACCUAAAUGUUACGAAAAAAGACUUUUCAGUCUACCACUAUAAUAAUGGAGUAAACUCAGAUGCUGUACUUGAUUGCUGGUGGUUUGAUGGUACUUUGAAGUGUAUUCAAAGCCCGAGUGUCCAGUACAAUCGGAUUGUCAGUAAAACACUUAGUUUAACAAUCCGACGGGUGACUACAAACAAUACAGGCACAUACGCUUGUCAGGUGGCUGGCCACCACCCGACAUACUUUAAGACCUGUGAUUUACAAGUUAAGAUUGGUAAGUUCCUAUCUGAUCGUUUUUUAAACAGAAAACUAACUACGCACAUGCAUUUCCCUUUGUUAAAAAUGGUAAAAUUCUCCUAAACAGGUGAUGAGAGUAAUCAUUCUCUGGGUGUCUGGCUAUCCGUGGGAGUUCUUCUGGUGGCUGUCCUUGUCAUCGCUGGGUUUAAUUUACUGAGGUAUAAAGGAACGAUGAAGAUUAUGUCUAUGGUUUGUAAGAUAGAGUCACCGUCUCCACAGCCACAUUAUGAAAGUCAGCCGAUGAUGAAAAUCAAUAAAGAAGAAAGAAAGAGCCAAGAAAUAAUAAAGGAACGGAGAGAAAGAACUAAAAUGUUUCAAGAAUAUUUGGAGACAGAAGUCUUAAAUAUGUUUCCAAACACAUUUGAGUCGGCAUAUUUUGUACCUCCAGUCUACUUCAACAACAUUCGAGACACACCAUUGAUUGUCGCCGAUCAAGUAGUCGCCGUUCUCGAACCCCCUGACCAAGUGGAUAUCAGACACGACCGAGCCGUGCAGCACGUCCUAAACUGUUUACAUUACGUGACCACCCUAGGAAAGGAACAAAUGUUUGUGCUCACCCAGUUUAAGUACACUGACUACCUGAAUAGUAUCCCCGAGCAGUUCAAAGGCCACCUGCUGUCUGUGUCUUCUCUUGUACAAGAACACGAGCAAAACCGGAGUUUUGACUUCCUUAUCAUUCAUCGACGAUAUGGUGUGAUGGUUGGUGUUGUGAAAGAUUGUAGCAGUGAUGUUGCCAAACAUGAGCCUGAGACUGACACAGAUACAACGAAGUUAAAUCAAGUGUCAGAGGCCAUCGAACAAUUAAAGAAGGCGAAUAGAUUUGUGACUGAGGCUAUGUCAGACAAAGAAAACUUUCCCAAAGUUCGCCAGGUCUUGAUAUUGUUCAACAUUACACAGCCAACAGUCCAACGCCUUACCCGAGAUAUCCCUGGCAUUAAUCAGAACCCAAGUAAGCUUUGGAUGCUAUGUUUUGAACAACUUCCUGACUGUAUGGAACUUAAUUCUGGCAAAAGCUUGAAUUGGUUUAAAGAAGAGUGGGACAAAUUCGUAAAGAAAAGUCAAGACAGCUUUACACUGAACGAGAAGCAGUACUUAGCGAUACUAGGGAGGAAAGUAUCUAUUCCAUAUUUCAACAUAUUUUCUUCUAUAUUAUGCAGUAUGUUACGGUACUUUACUAAUACUGAAGAAACAUGUAGUAAUGUAUAAUUAUUUUGUAGAUUAAUAUUCUAUGUUCAAUUUACUAUUUAUUUCAUUAUUAUUUUCUUUUCUGCUCUAAUCAACACAAUGAACUUUUUCUAAGACUUGAUAGCUAUCACAUGUUUAUAAAAAAAGUUUAUUACGUUAUUAUUAUAGAAGUAUUUCAAAAAUAUGUUUAUAAAAUCAUAUUUUAUAUUACUGCAUAUGUAUUUUUAACAGACUAAUACAAAAUCAAAAAAGAUAAACAAAUAUAGAGUACGACAAUGACUUUUAUUAUAGACUCUUUAAGAAAAACAAAUGAUUUAUUUGUGUUUGCCGUAAAAGUGUGGUUUAUAAUUUAUUAAGGGUGCUACAUCCUUGUACACAUGUGUGUUAGUCAUUUACUAAGUAUUUUAAGUGGUAUCUUUGUGUUGUGUCAUUUAGGUUCUGUGGACCAGCCACUACUUCUGCUCUUUCAAUGGAAGGUGUAUUAUAUCAGCUGCCCAAAUCCCUCAGCCAAGCAGUGUCAUUAACAGGAGAUAUGUUUAAGCGAACUAUUUUGUAUCCAAAAAUGACUAAAUUACUAGAUGAACCUUUUUUGUUCCUUGCUGGACCCCCGGGCACAGGCAAAACCCGAAUGCUGGGACUGGUGGGGAGAAAAUGGGUCUGUGAGGGUCAUCCAGUGCACAUAAUUAGCACAUCGCCAGGGGGUGAAGAAGCUGCAAUGCAUCUACAUCAGCUAAUCUCUAGUUCAGUGUCUUCAAAGCAUGUCAAUGUGUUCCACCUAAAACUAAACUUGGAAGACACUACGAGUGUCACAAGAGAGCUUGAUACUAUCCAAAGACAUUCAAAUGAAGCCUACGUCAUUGCAGUCGAACUGAACUUUCAA